UCCUUCACGUGCACGGACCAUUAUAUGUCAUAAAUGGUAGUUUCGCCCCACGACUUCCCGUCUGCGCCCAUCUUCCCUUCACAACCAUCGACGACCAUCCACUUUCGCCAAACCCUACAGUCAAACAACGACCAAAUUUCGGAAUAUCACCUUUGCAAUCAAUCAUCAUGUUCAGAAGGAUCGCAGCGACAGCCCCCGCUCAGAUCGGCAGGAUAGCAGCGGCGAGCGUGCGUCCCAAUAUCGCCUCUCCCAUCCGCACAGCAGCACCCGCAAUUGUAUCGAGCAACGGAAGGCGACAGUAUCACGAGAAAGAUAAGUCUUCCCAUCAUUACAACAAGCCACGCAAUGUAGGCUCCAUGUCCAAAACUGACACCGAUGUCGGUACCGGUCUCGUCGGCGCUCCGGCCUGCGGCGACGUCAUGAAGUUGCAAAUCCGCGUCGACCCCGACAACAACACCAUCUCGGACGUCAAAUUCAAGACGUUUGGUUGCGGAAGCGCGAUUGCGAGCUCGAGCUAUUUGACUGAGUUGGUGCGAGGAAUGACGCUGGAAGACGCGGCCAAAAUCCGGAACACUGAAAUCGCCAAAGAGCUUUGCCUGCCUCCUGUCAAGUUGCAUUGCUCCAUGCUUGCGGAGGACGCUAUCAAAUCCGCCAUCUCGAACUACUACACCAAGAACCCCAAUGCGCGGAGCACGGAUCUCGGCGGCAAGUCGGCACCGUUGCCUAAGGUAGAGGUCGAGACGGUUGUGGGGUCUGCCACCGCGUCUGCGUAA